AUGGCGGAGUGCCCCUCGCGCAUCCAAAAAAAAAACACGGAGAGACACCGGCCACAGCGUGCUCAAGACAGCGGCGACCGCUAUCGAUCACAACGUGCAAACGUCGCUCAAGAAGAAGACUCGGGCGACUACCUCUUUUCGAUCGGUGAAACGACAUCUGCGAAAUCGAGCGACAUCUGGCUGGUCGACUCCGGGGCGACGCAGCACAUGACGUGCUCCAAGAAGUUCAUGCGGAACUACAAGGGGUUUGACGCUGUGGAUGUCCAUCUCGCGGAUGAUGGAAUCGUCCAAGCAAUCGGCAGUGGGGACAUUGUCAUGUCGAUGAAGACACCCCAAGGGAUGAAGAAAGGUGUGCUCACAAACGUGUGGCACAUCCCAAAGUUAUCCAGAAACCUGUUCUCGGUCGGCCGCUUCACCAAGGAUGUCGGCCCAGUGACGUUCACGAAGGAUGGGUGCUAUGGAGAAGCGAAAGGGACCAAGUGGAAAAUUGGCGCCCGUGAAGGUAAAGGACUGUUCAAGCUGCAAAUGACUCCAGUGGCGCCGGAACAAGCAAAUGCAGCCAAGUCGUCGGGAUGUCAAGGGGGCACCAAGUCGUACCUCUGGCACCUUCGGCUUGGCCACAUAGGUCAUGAUGGACUCAAUUGCAUCGUGACGAAGAACAUUGGAAUUGGCAUCGACAUAUCUUCGGUGAAGAAGUGGGACGUGUGUGAAGGUUGUGCUCUGGGAAAACAGACUCGAGUGCGCUUCCAAUCAAACACUACAGCUCGCACCUCCAAACUCCUCGAAGUGAUUCACAGCGACGUAUGCGGACCGAUGUCGAUGGCAACUUUCAGUGGAAAACGGUACUUCGUGACAUUCAUUGAUGACAAGUCAAGAUACUGUGUCGUCUAUCUGCUCAAGAGCAAAUCUGAACUUGCGGCGAAGUUCAUGGAAUACGCUGCGAUGGCCGAAACGCAAACCGGAAAGCGCGUGAAGUACCUUCAAAGCGACAAUGGGGGUGAAUACAAGUCCGACAAGCUGGCACGAUUCUGCGCGGAACGGGGAAUACAACAAAGGUUCACACCCCCAUAUACUCCUCAGCUAAACGGAGUAGCUGAGAGAAUGAAUCGCACGCUGGUCGAGUGUGCGCGUUGCAUGAUGGAACACGCUGGACUGGGAAAGAGCUACUGGGGUGAAGCAGUGAUGACGGCGAUGUUUCUUCGAAACCGCUGUCCAACACGUGCCAUUCACCAAGACAAGUCUCCAUAUCAAGUGUGGACGAUGAAGAAACCGAUUCUGGCCAACCUUAAAGUGUUUGGAUGCCACGCGUAUGUUCAAGUGCCUCAAGACAAACGCGCGAAGUUCGACUCCAAGUCAUCACUCUGUCGUUUCCUGGGAUACGCCGAACACCAGAAGUCAUAUCGAUUUGAGGAAGUGUCAACAGGAGCGAUCAAGAUCAGUCGCGUGAUGAACUUUAGACUUCUUGGUCCGAGUGCAAAACGCAAAGUGAAUAUAUAUUUAUAA